AUGUCUGACACCGUCGUCGCUGCCCCUGCUGCCGAUGUUGCUGCUCCAGCUCAAGCCUCUCCAAAGAAGGCUAAGGCCCCAAAGGCAAAGGUCGCCAAGGCUGCCAAGCCUUCGUCGCAUCCACCAUAUGGAGCUAUGGCUAAGGCUGCCAUCAAAGCCCUCAAGGAGCGCAAGGGAUCAUCCAAGCAAGCUAUUCUCAAGUACAUCAUGCAAAACUACAAGCUCGGAGAGAACCUUGCCUCCAACAACGUUCACCUUCGUGGAGCUCUCAAACGCGGAGUUGCUUCUGGAGUCUUCACCCAAACUGCCGGAACUGGUGCCAGUGGUCGCUUCAGUCUUGCGGUAAAGAAGGCCGAAUCCGCUGAGAAGAAGAAGACCGUCAAGAAGACGAGUGCACCAAAGCCGAAGAAGGCUGGAACCGUCGCCAAAAAGGCUGCUGCUAAGCCAAAGAAGGCGGCAUCUGCUAAGAAGGAAAAGGCUGCCAAGACCGAGAAGAAGGCCAAGUCUCCAAAGAAGAUCGCGAAGCCAACCGCCAAAAAGGCCACUCCAAAGAAGGCCGCGAAGCCAGCAGCGAAGAAGCCCGCCGCCAAGAAAGCAGCUCCAAAAGCCAAAGCCACAACGGCAUAA